UGUGUGUGUGUGUGUUGUGGAGAGGUGUAGAGAGAGAGAGAGAGAGACCUAAGCGCUGGGCGCGGCGUGGGUGAGAGGAAUCUGGCGAAGAUGUCGAAGAUUAUGGCCUACUCCGAGCUCGCCGAGCACAACAAUCGCAAGGAUUGCUGGCUUCUCAUCUCCGGAAAGAUUUACGACGUGACCAAGUUCCUAGAGGACCAUCCCGGCGGCGAUGAAGUCAUCCUCUCCGCCACAGGGAAGGAUGCCACGGACGAUUUCGAGGACGUCGGGCACAGCAGCAGCGCUCGCGACAUGAUGCACAGCUAUUACAUUGGCGAGGUGGAUUCGGCAACUCUGCCGGCCAAGCCCACAUUCAAGCUGGCGACCCAGGACGCGUAUAAUCCCGACAAGACCUCGCAGUUCCUCAUCAAGAUCUUGCAGUUCUUGGUACCCCUGGCCAUCCUCGGGCUGGCGGUUGCCGUGAGAUUUUUUACCAAACAAUCCUGAAAGGUUUGAGCAAGUCUUCCUCCUCCUCCACAUUCGUCAUCGUUCGUUCUACUCUCUCUUUCUCUUUUCUCCCCAGGAAAUAGGAAAGAACAAAAAAAGUUCCAGGGAAAUAAUUCUCCUCUCUUUUUUUUCCAGAAACCUUGCCAACCAACCAAGUGCUUAGAUAUUGAAAUCGAAGAUUGGCUUUUGCUUUGUUUCUUCGUCCCCCCAGGGCUUUAUUUCUCGCGAUUGACCGACCUGGAAGAAGAUUAGUUCCCAGUAAUGCAAGUUUAGUUUUGUUUGA